AGGCAGCAGGUAGCCGCCUGCUCCUGACAGAAGUACCCAAUACUAUUCAGCAUGCUGUUUCUUCACUUUCAGUUGUCUUGAGCUAGGGAUUCCCAAGUGUCACAAAGUGUUGGAGGGUAUCAACUGGCUAAGAGGCAUCUGUGGAGGAAAAUGGACUGCCAACUUCAAGUCAAGACCCUUCAGCUGGACUGAAACAUAGAGGGCAGCUAACAGCAUAUGGAGGUGAAGGGAGGGGUUGGACCAAAAGCUGGCAAGUGAUUCCUGGAUCCAUUAGCGGAAGGGUGACAGGCAGAUGGAAAAGGGAAAAGACACUCCAGGCACUGACCAAAUCUUGGAUCCUUUCCUGUAUUUCUCUGGCCAGAUUUAAUGAGGUUAAAGUCCUCUAUUAGGUGACCCCUUGGCCUCCACAUUUUCGGAGGAAAGAGCCUUGGUUGUUUCAAUCUUUUUUGACAGUUGUACCCUAUCAACCCUGUAAGACCUUGAAUGCUGCUAAAUCCUUUUUUGCUUAUGGAACAAAGGUGCAAUUUAAAUACGUAAUUAUACCUGAUUUGAAGACACUGUCAUCCCGUAGAAACUUGACAGUCAUUUGAUACAAAGCAAGCUUCCACAAGACCAACAAAACCGCAAAAAGACAAAUUUUUAAACGUUACCUAAGUGAAAAGAUAUCAUCAUCACACAAGGAAAACAUCAGUUCUUCUUUGUUAUGUUUUAAAACAGACCAGGCAUGGUCUUUGUCCACCCAUUCUGAAGAACAGAAUCCCUGGCUAUGCAGAGUUCCCCCACUCUUGUACCGAGAACGUUAAUUUAGAUUAUGCAGUUGUGCCUGCCUCCGGACCAGGAAUUGAAACUGAAAACGCAAUCAUGACACACCAACAAACCAAAAAUUGCAGACAUUUCUCUGUCCAGUCGCCUUUUAGCCGCUGAUAGGGGACGUACACGUAUUAACUCUCAGAGAACUGGAUGUCUUCUUUUAACUGUACGAAGCAUUGUUGAUGGCGUAUUUUUUUGCACAAAAUGAAUCAACGGCUCUAAGUAACCGCACCACCAAAAGAACAUUCUUUUCUAUGUCUCACACAAAAAAAAAUGACGAUCAGGAGAGUGUUGACACUUUCCUGAGAGGCAGCUGACUGGCUGAGAAUAAGUGGCACCAUCGUUGCUGCCUCUGGCAUUGAGCAACAAGGAAGCUUAGCUGGGGGGGGAGGAAUUCCCUGACUGAGACAAAAAGUGGGAGAGGUAUUCGCCCAUCAGGUGGGAACGCCUCUGCAUCGCUCGCACCCUCAUUGCGAACCCAUGCCACUCGCUCUCGCACCUCAUCGCCCGAUCACCGGCCGCCUCAUCUCCCAGCCCCGCGGGGGCGGACGCUCUCCUGCGGUACCUGCCGGGAGUUGUAGUCCAACGGCGUUGAGCCCUGGCUGCUGGCGGCGAGCAGGGAACUUCAACUCCCAGAGCGCAGCGCGGCGCGGCGCCGGCAGUGCGAGGAUGGGAAAGCGCGGCAGACGCCGGUCGCCGGGCGGAGAGGCUGUUGAGGGUGGUUUCUGCAGUCUGUGGGGUGAGUCUCGGCUGCGGGCCAGGUGAACCGGCUUCACCUCCUCUCAGAGUGAAGUCGCGGGCACGGCGUCGAUGCGGUAUGAAUUACAGAACGGUGGCGGACUCGGUGGCCGAGAAGCUGCUGGGUUACAGCAGGGAUGACAGCGGCUGGAGGGUUUGCAAGAGGACGAAUGAUGUUUGUGUAUCCUGGAGGCCAUCAUCAGAAUACUCUGGAAACUUGUACAAAGGUGAAGGGACAAUUAAAGCUGCACCACGUGAAGUUUGGGAAUGUCUGAAACCAGUGCCUGAUGGACUAAGGGUGAAUUGGGACAAAAAUGUGAAAGUGUUUGAGCUGAUUGAGACUAUUGAUGAUACCAUGUCUGUGUGCAGGACUGUUACACCAUCAGCAGCUUUGGGCAUUAUCUCCCCAAGAGACUUUGUGGAUGUCAUUUUAAUCAAACAAUAUGAAGACGGAACGAUAUCCUCAAAUGCUACUAAUGUGGAGCACCCUGGCUGUUCUCCUAAACCUCAUUAUGUUAGGGGAUUCAAUCAUCCCUGUGGCUGUUUCUGUGCUCCCAUUCCUGGAUUUGCUAAGUACGCCAAUAGGAAAAAGAAUCUCAGGGCUGUAUGUGGUGACAUGGAGCCACGAAAGACCCAUUUGACUACAUUCUUUCAGACUGACCUGGGUGGGUAUCUCCCACAGUCGGUAGUGGACUCUUUCUUUCCAUCUAAUAUGGCUGAGUUUUACAGCAAUCUGUCAAAAGCUGUGAAGACUUUUAAAGCCUGAUGAAUCUCAGUUUUCUGCACGUCUCCUCAACAAACCUUCUGAUUUUAUUUUUGCUGCAUUGAAGAUCAGUUUUUGAUUUGAAGAUAUGUUUGGAUUGAUUUUUCAUCUUUUUGAAGAGAAUAACAAUUCCACCAUUAUUUUAGAACAAUGAAUAGAAUGGAGAAUGAGUUUGAGUUAAACAUGAGGACCAAAAAUAAUAUGUUUAUAGACAUUAUUAAUAAAUUAAAGCAGAGCUAUUUAAAUUUUCAUUAAUUGGGUAUCCAAUUGAGAAUAUCUUUAUGUACUUAGAUUUUUAGUACAUUUUAAUCUUGGACCAAAAUUAUUAACUUACCCAGCAAUGAAUAAUAUACAAUUUUAUUUUUCUAAUUGUAUAAAGCACAGUGGUUAGAUCAGCAAAUAGGCCCCUUUAUUUAAAUAAGUUGGAUAUCCUAUUUGUCAAAUGUAAAAUGAAAAGGAUUGAUCACUGCAAAAUGUGUUGUGACAUGUUGUUCAGAACUUUGUCAUUACAAUAAAAUAAGCACUAGUUUU